GUAUUCAAGAUGCAGGUUAUCGUGUUACCUUUGGUGUUUUUGGCAAUUUUCGCUGCCUCUGGCAGCCUCGCAGCCGCCGAUGCCUCGCACGAAAUCGUUCCUGUAAACGGUGGCCUCAGCGGCUAUGGCACCACCACCCGCUACUGGGACUGUUGCAAGCCCUCCUGCGCCUGGAAGGAGAACAUCAAGACGCCUACGAUGACGCCCGUCCAGACAUGCGCCAUAGACGGCAACACGGUAGUCGACGCGUCGGUGCAGUCGGGAUGCAUUGGCGGCUCUUCCUACAUGUGCAGCAAUCAGCAGGCGUUCGUGGUUAAUUCUACUCUGGCUUUCGGUUUCGCUGCUGGUUCUUUCACAGGUGGCGUCGACAACAACCUAUGCUGCUCUUGCAUGCUGCUGACCUUCCAAGGCCAGCUGGCCGGCAAGCAGUUCCUCGUGCAGAUCACCAACACCGGUGGCGACUUGGGCUCAAACCAGUUCGAUCUGGCCAUUCCCGGUGGCGGAGUAGGUAACUUCACGCAGGGCUGUCACGACCAAUGGAACGCCCCGUGGAUCGGCUGGGGCGACCAGUACGGAGGCGUAUACUCGGCGGAGCAGUGCAGCGAGCUGCCCGAGGUGCUGCAGCCCGGCUGCCGGUUCAGGUUCGAGUUCCUCGAGAACGUGUCCAAUCCGCAGGUGUCCUUCCAACAGGUGCAGUGUCCCGCCGAGAUCGUGGCGAUCUCCAAUUGCGCAUUGUGAACGUGAAAACUUUAUAGAUUUGAAACACAAUUACAUAUUUUUUUGCUAAUAUUCAUACAGGGUGUUUUCCUUGAGUCUGAUUGAAACAAAGUUCGAUAAACGUCCGGAUUUCUUCAGUUUCCUAGAUGAAUGUAUAUUGUAGUUUUCUUGAAAACCAGUAUUCUUGUUAUUUCAUUGAAAUGUUCAGUGUCGAUAAUUUUAUGAUUGUUGUGAAAUGUUCAUAUUCUCUUUCCGAAUAAUAAAUUAAAAGUACAAUGUUUUUCGUCUAUUAAUAUCAUCGUUUCAUCAGUUAAUCAUUGAUUGAACUUCAAUCACCAACCAAAUGUGGACUUCUCAAAAUAAUACCAUAUUUUGAAGACUAUACC